AUGCGAACGUUUGCCCUAACAUUGCGUAGUUCGGCCCGACAACUCGGAAUGAUGGGCAUGGUGCUAUCAACUGGCGUUGUUUUCUUCUCGACGUUGCUCUAUUUCGUAGAGAAAGAUGAGGUAGAUACACCUUUCACCUCGAUUCCAGCUGCCUUCUGGUGGGCAAUUGUAACAAUGACAACGGUUGGCUAUGGUGACUACGUUCCUGUCACAAUACCUGGAAAACUUAUUGCUUCUGGAGCAAUCAUCAGCGGUGUACUUGUAUUGGCGCUGCCCAUCACCAUCAUAGUUGACAACUUUAUGAAAGUUUCAGGGAAUACAAAUCCAAUGUUCUCAAGUUCGCAACAUUCGAACAAGCCAGAAGCGGAGCCGGUCACCAUGCAACGUUGA